AUGCCGACUUGUAGUAACUGCAAGUAUUCAUUUACCUCAAUUAAAGGUCUUCUUACCCAUAUUUCUAUACUGCAUGCUGAGUCAGACCAUCAAUUUGAUUGUGGUGAAACUGAUUGUAAUGCAAUGUAUGGUGUAAAAGAUACUUUUCGAAAGCACUUACAGUUAGUCCAUAAGUUCCCAUUAAAUCCACCGGUAACAGACAACAACAACAUUAACAUUCCUUCUAAUCAACAAACUACUAAUAACUGUGUAAAAAAUAUUAAUCAACAAACAAAGAAAAAUGUUGAAGCCCCAAGUUCUUCCACAAAAGAUUUCCAGUCAGCUCUUAAUACUGCUGCAGAAAAAUUUGUAGCUAAGCUAUAUGGUAAUGUCCGUUUACCACAAAACAUUGUACAGACAUUUAUAGAAGACACUCAGAACUUUCUCGGAGAGGCCUUUCUCGGAUUACUUCAGACAAAAGUUGAUGAUACUCUAGAAAAAUUGAAAUGUCCACCUAGUGAUUACAAUGAAAUAAAUACUAUGUUUGAUAGUUUAAAAAAUUCUUUUUCGCACUUACAAACUGAAUACAAACGCUUAAAAUUUUUUAGUGACUGUGGUACUUAUAAUGAACCUAAAUCAUAUGUAAUCGAUCGUGCUUUUGUUGUUACCAAAACGAAAAAAGGUCUAAAAGGGAAAAAUGUUGAUGUAUGCGGCCAGUACAUUCCUCUUGGUACUUCAUUGAAAAAUUUUUGUGAACAAGAAAACACUUUACAAGUAAUUACAACCUACAUGGAUAGUCUGGAUAAAAAUUCAAACGUAAAAGAAAAUUACAUUCAAGGAAAAUCAUGGAAGGACAAACGAUCUAAGUAUGCUGAUAGUGACAUUGUCAUCCCUUACUUCUUAUCAGGUGAUGAUGUUGAAUUAAAUGACCCAUUAAGUGGUCAUUCGGGAAAAAUUAUGCCCAUCUAUGCGUCCAUACCGUGCUUGCCUCCAGAGUGCAGAUCACAGCUGAAUAACUUUUUUCUCGUUCUAGUUUACGAUUCGUGGGUUAGAAUGGAAAAAAAUAAAAUAAAUAGAUCGAUAAAUAUAUAUCGACCUGUAAUUAAUGAUAUCAAAUCAUUAGAAGAAAAAGGUAUUUAUAUAAAAACGCCGAAAGGUGUUAAGCAUGUGUAUUUUGUGCUAGGUUUGAUUCAAGGUGACAAUCUAGGCUUGCACGGACUUUUAGGAUUCACAGAAUCAUUCUCAGCGACUUAUUACUGUCGAUUCUGUAAGUUAGACAAAGAAACUUGUAAAAAUACAGUGUGCAUUCCUCCAAACUUUGAACGAAACAAAGAAAAUUAUGACGAUGAUGUAGAAUUAAAUAAUCUUACGUUAACUGGGAUCAAGGAAAAAUGCAUUUUCCAUAAAAUAAAAUCAUUUCAUGCAGUAGAAAAUUUCUCUGUUGAUGAAAUGCAUGAUAUUAGAGAAGGUAUGGCUCAUGAUGACAUGAUUGCCAUCCUUCAGUAUUUAACAAUUGAAAAUAGUCAAUCUUAUCGAUUCUCCUUAUCGGAAUUAAACGAUCGAUUAUUAUUAUUUGAUUAUGGACCCGUUGAUAGCUGUAACAAGCCACCACCUGUUAGAGAAGAAGACGUAAAAAGAGGGACUAAGAUAAAGAUGACAGCAUCGGAGUUUACGUGCUUCAUUAAAUUUUUUGGGUUAUUGGUUGAAGACUUGGUACCCGAAACGGACCCAAUUUGGAACCUGUAUAUUCUCUUGCGAGAUAUAUUAGAUUUUACUUUGGCCAAAAAAGUAUCUGAUGACCAGAUCCAAGGGUUUCAAUCAAUUGUCGUGCGCCAUCAUGUAUUGUACCAGGAAUUGACAGGAAAACAUUUGAAACCGAAGUCACAUUUUCUUCUUCACUAUGCAAAAGUUUGUGAGCAAAGUGGACCGAUCAGACCAUCGGUAUUAAUUGAACGCAAUGAAAUAUCUGGGCGGAAUUGGUCAGACAUAAUAAAGAAUAACCCAGAAAGUUAUAAAACGAAAUGGAUAGAGUAUAAAGGCACGAAAUACAUGCCUAAUAUGGUAGUAGUUCUAGGGAUGAAAGAUUUAAGCCCUAUAUUUGCCGAGAUUACAACUAUAGUAAUAGUAGAUAACGAAACAAAUGGAGUAACGCCAACAUCAAUGCAGCUAGACUCUUACCGCAGGGCUGAAAUUCCUAAAAAAGCAUGA